UGAUCGAUAAGGUAUUUGAGGUUAUGUUUAUCGAAUAUUGAAUUAAAACUCCUUUGAUUUUAUAGUUUGUGUCAUAUUUUUUAAGCUUUGCUUUUACUUGAUUUGUGGAUAAAAGUGUGAUUAUUUAUAAACGAGAUUUGAUUAUUCAUCUUCCAAAAUGGAAGAAAUUUCAUCUUACAAAGAUACAAUCAAAGAAAAUAUGAAGGAAAAGGUUACUUCUGAACGCCGGCUUCAAAGGGAAAAUAUUGUCAAUAAAAGAAGAGGUAUCUUGGGUAAAGUUAAAAUUAAUAAGAAUGAGUUUUUAAAGACUGAAGAUGUAAAAUCUAUUGCUCAGAGAUUGAAGCAUAAAGGACUUGUUCGAGAUUCAGAUUUUAAAUUUUUAACCAGGGCAUUUAUUCAAAAUGAAAAUAACAUAAUUGCAUUUGCAAAUUCAGAUGGAGCCCUCCAGUAUCUUAUAAGGGAAUUGACAGGUACCGACUCAAACCAUCAACUUGUUGCUGCCGAGUGCUGUGUGAAUCUAGCUCUAGGUAACGCAAAAACUUCUUUGAAAAUCGCCAAGAGUGCUGGAACGUAUCUAAUAACAUUUUUGAAAGGAAUGAGCAUUCCUUUAUCGAACGCAGCAACGUGGGCACUUGGUAAUUUGGCUGGAAGUGAUGUGAAAACUUUGGAGCUCCUCAAAUCUCAAGGUCUUAUGGAGUCCUUGUUGGACAUAAUCGAUAUAGAAGAACUGCAAUCGAAUGUAAUUUAUGCUCUAAUGCAUUUUGUCAAAAUUGGACUAUCAGUUUUACCGCCUGAUGAUUUGAAGAAGAUUGCUACGCGCACUGUUGGUCUGACAAACAAAACAGCUGACACAUUAUGGCUGCUCUACUAUCUGUCCUGCUCAAACGAGUGCGAUGAAAUUCUGCAUCCAACUGUUCAACCUUGCAUAGAAAUUAUUGUGCAAACUGACUCAGAGGACGUGGAAACCAUUAAGAAAAAAACUGCGUGUUUUCGAAUACUUGCAAAUUUAGCAUCUGGCGAAUCUGGGCAUGUGGCUAGCCUCCUCAUGGCCGAAUUCGACACUCUGUUCUCAUUAUUCGAGUUUAUGGCGCAGGAGGGAACGACGCCUCAUCUAUGCAAAGACAUGCUUUGGAUGUUCGGCAAUCUGGUGAAUCAUCCAGCUGAAAGUGUGCGCAGUCAAGUGCAGUUCAAUAUGAUGAGAUUUCAACAUUUGGAUCUAUUGUGUAUUCCAUUGCGCAAUGCGCUCAAGUAGGGUAACAAAUCCCAUGGAACUGUGAGAAAUGUUCAAAUUUUGUAUAAAAGUAAUUUUUAUUUUGUAUUAUGAAGUUUUGUUAAUUUAUGCAUUAAACCAUACUAACUGUAACAUACCUUAUAUUU